ACUAAACCAGACAACAUCCUCUGACUUUUCAAACAUUAUUCUCUCGUAAGAGUGUGUCAUCAUCUCAGAAGAGGACGGGACACUUUUUUUUUUAACCCUUUUUAAAAUUACCUUUACAUCAAGUAUCCAGAAUGGGAACCUGCUGCUUCUUUUUACAUCUGGAAGUCUACUCAUGCACCUGUUGAUCUGUUGAGGAAAACUCUCUGCGUUUAACAAUGAACAAAGUCGCUGAGAUGAAGUCUGACGCUCUGCUUCAUUUGGAGGACAACAUGAGAGCAGAGGAGAGGAGCAGACUGAACUGUGUGGACUUACCUCAGAGCAGUUUAACAGACGAGCAGAACGCAGACCUGCUGCGAUGCCAGGACACCACUGACGACAGCUCUCCUAUCAAAUACAGAAGAUACGGGUCUCGUCUGGGGGGGGUCAAAGUUCGCCACAAGAGACAGGUGCUGCAGGACAUGGCUCGGCCGCUGAAACAUUGGCUGUACAAACACCGAGACAACCCCUACCCCACCAAGACGGAGAAGGUCUUGCUGGCUCUGGGCUCACACAUGACGCUAGUGCAGGUUUCGAACUGGUUUGCAAACGCCCGUCGUAGGCUGAAGAACACAGUGAGACAGCCCGACCUGAGCUGGGCCCUGAGGAUCAAACUGUACAAUAAAUACAUCCAGGGAAACGCUGAGAGGCUGAGCGUGUGCAGCGAUGACACAGACUCAGAUGAUGAAGAGUGUCCCUUACAAACUCCCAUCAGCCAAUCAGACUUCGUCAGGUCAUCUUCCCACAAGAACGUGCUUGAAAAGCAGGGCAGCGUCCUCGCCAUGGCAGACUCCGCCAACAGUGACGACAGCGCGUCACCCCCAUCCAAGUACAAGAGCAGUUUACUGAAUCGUUAUCUGAACGACACCCUGCGGCACAUGAUGGCGGCGAAGGCCGACAGCGUCACUACAGCUCGCAAGAGGAGGAGCCACUCCGAGUCAUUCAGCUCCAACGAGUGCGAUCGAGAUGUCGUCUCGCCAGCGUCAUCCUAUGAAACAGAGGCCAACUUUGUCUACCACAUGGACACAAUGGACUAUACUUCAACUAAAUGUGACAGGGAGCAGCAGCAGGGCCGAGGCCAGCAGAGACGAGGCGAUCAGGGCUGGAGGGAGAUCCACGCCGCUGUGGCUCUGACCAACUUGGCCCAGGGGCAGAGCUGCACGGCAGACCAGAGCAGCGUGACAGCGCCCAGAGCUGGCACGGGGCAGAGCUGCACCCGAGAGCCCUUCUCAGUUACGAGGACCGCUAUCAUAGACAGGAUGUGUGUCACAGGACCCACCGCCGCUCUGAGGCAGAGCUGCACCGCGGGGCCCACUCUCACCAGCCGCAUCAUCCAGAAGUCCUCUCAUAUCUCUGAGGUCCAGACUGUUAACGUGGCCCUGGCAAACAGUGUGUAGGCAUUUAAUUUGAGCAUCUGGUCUAUCGUUCCAUAUAGGAAUACCAGAUGCUUAAGUGCCUCGCACUAUCUGUACAGCCUCUGUUAUUUUGUAAUGCUGAUAAACUUUGACGUCUUCAAUCAUUUUUACAUUGUAAAAUGGAAAAACUAACCUAAUGCAGUUGAAUAUUUUCUACUGUUUUUGCCAUGUUUCUAAUGUCUUCCUAUUGCCGUCUGUUGCAGUAAGUUAUAUUAACUUCCAUGAGACCGGAUUAUCAUCCAGUGCUAAAGUCUGACAGCAGCUAUUUGAAUAAACCCAAUGUGAAAUCUUUUGACCAGUCGUUUGCUUUAAAUCAUUGCUUUGCAGUGGCUGGUGCUGCAUACUUAUGUUCUGCUGGACUGUAUUUAGUGGUAGUUUUCAUGUGUGCAAUUGUGGGCCUCGCAGUUUCAUUAUAUACUUUUAAAUUGCUUUUUAAAAGGUUGUAAUAUGGGCAGAAGGAUGCAGGCAUGGUAGACUGAGCACAGACAGUUCUUAACA